CUUAGCCAGGCAGGUUAGCCACCAUGUAUACAUGAAAUUUUAUAUAUAUGUAUAUAACUCCUUCUCCUAUAAUCCUCCACUAGUCAAUCAUUCAACGGUCAUUAUUACUGCCACCACACCCUAAUAGCUCGACCUUUAACUCAGGUUUUCUGUAUAUAUAUACCUAGCAUUCCAUGCCAGUAUAGUAAUUGGAAAACUGUUGCAAAGCGGAUCCCUGCACAUUUCAAUGGUCUGUUUCUGCUUCUUGGUGGACCAAAGAAGAAGGGUCAGGAGGAGCAAGCCGGUGGCUGGAAGUUGUUCCCGGUGCGGCUGUGGGGCAAGCGUUGCUGACAUGAGAACCGACUCGAGGCUUUGUUGCAUUCCGGUUUAUUGCAAAUCUUGGAAAGCUAUUAUUUGUACAUUCUGUGGAGCUAUUCUGAAAUCUUACAGAUAAAGAGUUUUAGAGGCAUAUGCAUCAGUUGAUUAAGUUUUAUGACUCACUUCUGUCUUCAACCUUUUUCCUUCUUUGGUCUUCUAGUUUUUUCUUUUUUCUUUACAUAUAUGUAUCAUAAGUAUAUGGAUCAGAAAACUCCAUUUUUUUCUCUUUUUA